AUGGCUCCCCGAGAGCCCGUUGACCUCAAGAUGCCAGCCGACAUUGAGCAGACGAUCAAGAAUCUCCUCACGCCAGAAGACUGGACUGCAUAUCAUGAUUCUCUCGCUACCGGAAUCAAAGGAGGGCCUAAGAGCCCCAAGAUCCGCACCCGUGUCGAGAACGAGCUACGAGAGGUAAUCGAUCGAAACCGCGGAAUCGCUCAUUUCCAUAAUGCGUACGUCCAGUUGUAUAACGACGAAGUUCCGGAUAAGGAGCGGUUUAAGCUUCCAGCAUUCCCGGACUUCGAGAAGCAGGAGGUUGAUGAUCCGGGAGUUGCGGGGGACGUCCACACGGACGCCAAAGAUGAACACUUUAUCACGAGGGACGUCGAAGAGGAAACCGACGCAGCUGAUGGAGACGAAGACGAUGGAGCAUCUGACAGUCACGAGGAGGCGGCUGAUGCUGAUGUAGCGACAGAGCUCGCCCUCCAUUCCGAAACGGAAGAGGCCGAGAUAGCGCAAUGGGAUCACCCCGGUCCUCCAACAGAGUUCCAAGGCGCACAGCGCAACGCCUAUCUUCACUGGCUGGAGUAUCGCGGUGAGCCGCAUCCUACUGCUUCUCCGUUCUAUAGCGAGUGCAAGACCAUCGCCGAGAAAAUUGGCAGGCGUUCGCCUCAAGUCCAUGAUGAGAUUCUGAAUCAUUGGCUCUUAGAACGGAAUUCUGAGCGCGGGCGGUGGUACCGAGAGCACAGAGAAGACAUCUUGGGGGAGGAACCGCGGUUCGACGAGGCAACGCGGCGCUACUGGGGUGGAUCAUUGAGGAAUCGGCAACUAUGGCUUAGUAGACCGGAAUAG